AUGAGGACGAGAGGGGGCUCGUUGCGGGGUGCCGCAGCCGAGAACCUGGCUCUCGACAAGCAUGCCACUGCACGGAGGAGCCGUCGUCGAAGCACGCGUUCGUUCGGGGACCGACGGAGCGACAACUUGGUUUCGGAGGAGGUAUGGACCCCCCCUGCCGGCGCUGCUGGUGAUGACAAGGCUGGAGAGACACAAGAAGCACACUGCUUUUUUCUCCCUGGGCAUGCUACGGGUGAUGUCGCGGCUGGAGAUACCAAGCGUGCGUCGCCGUCGGCCGUCGCCAAUCGGCAGGAAAAGAGCUGCAACGUCGAGAACCAGCAUGUUGUCGAGCGCCGCCGCUCGGCGAGGUGCUUUUCCAUGAGCGCAGCGGUCGCCAGCCAGGUCUCGUCCGUGCAGCGGUCUACGCGAUCAUCGUUCGCGCCAACCGUGCUCACGAACUGGGAUGUCAACGUGGCAGCUGCCCAGGCCAACACGCAGGCAGAUGAGACCGAAAAGGAUCGCGUUGAAGGCAGCACUCCACCACUACCACCACCGCCAGCAGUAGCAGCAGCAUCGGAAGAGCCAGUCAAGCAGUACCCAUCACCAUCGGCACCGGGAGCCCACGGGCCAGCACCAGCCCCAGUAGAUGCCGAAGACAACCCUCCGGCGUUGGCAGAGCUUACUUCUGCUCCCGCGCUCAAGGUUUGCCCGAUAACAACAACAGCACCAACGAGGAGGGCGUCAAUCCCGUGCCACAGGAGCGAGAAGCACCCGGCGGCGCUGCGGCGUCGGCCGUUUUCAGUAGGAUCCGGUGUUAUUGACAACCGAAACUUGUUGAUCAUUCCACCGGUUUUCGCAGCCCCCGAGAUCAAGCCAGCCGUCGGCAGCGACGGGUCGAUCGGAGACCCUGGCGAAGCGGUUCCUCGUGGAAGCUUGGCGGAGCUUGCGGUCGGUGCUACGCCGUUGCGGCAGCAGCUUCCCUCGACGACAGUGCGGCCGCCCGCCAUCACUCUCGUCGAAGACGUCGGCGUGGCAAGUCCGCUCGCCGUGCCGGCCCCCGCGAUGACUUCCGCGGUAUCGAUUUGCUCCGUUGUGCAGGGGGGCUGCAGUCGUGUCCCGCCGCGAGAUGAGGAGCCGACCACACCUGGCUCAACGAGGGUCACGCUUGUCGACUACGACACGAGCCCUUCGACAGCGGGAGGGUCACCCCCGGCCGCUGCCGUCCUUGUUGACUACGGGGCAAGCCCGCUCGGGGUUUCUCCGGGGGAUGUCGGGACGUCACCUUCGACGACGUGUGCGCCGCUGGCGGCGGCGCUCGUCGACUACGGCAUGACCCCGUCGGUGUCUCGACUUCGGAAGGAAGACGGCAGCAGCCCUUCACUGAGGUUGGACGAAGAGAGGUUUGCUCUGGACCCGGACGAGCCAGCACCGGAGGACGGGGGGCGGGUGGAGGGGAAAGCGCGGGUCACAGAUCCAGCUGGGUCUCGUGGUGAGGCCCUCAGAUGCGGGGAAGAGGAAGAGGAGACGGCCGAUGUCCCUUGUCUUUCUACCCGGGAGGCGGCGGGGACCGUUGAACUGUCGAAAAAGGAGCCUAUCGCGCCGAAACAGAUCGAGGCAGCUGGCGCUGAGCCAGUAGAAGCGGUCGCAGAAGACGGGGUAAGUGGGCUGAACGAAGAGUCUGUCUCCGUUGCACCGGAGGAAACUUUGGUUGCGGCGGGUGUCGCCGGUAGUGCGGAGACUCCGGAUGUUGGCGAACAGGCAAAGGUUGGCGAGAUGGCAGCAGCUGUGGCGUCUACAGAGACAGAGGCAGCGAGCUUGAAUUCGCCUGACGUUGCCCCGGGCGGUGCUGAGGAGGCCAUGGUCGGCGUGGCGGUGGCAGCAAUUGUGCUUACAGAGAAGUCCAACGACGCUCAGAGUGAAGCACCGCUCGCGGUGGCCAUGGAUCUUGAUAUCGGCGCUGCUCUCGAAAUGGUCGUGGCUGGCGUGGUGGCGAGAAUGGUAGUGUCUGCGGAAGAAGAUUGCAGUGCGCGGGCUGAACAACCGCUGGCGUCGGUCAUGGAACUUGACGCCCCGGGUACCGUCGAAGAGGCCAUCGCCGACGAGGUGGUGACAUCAACGGUACCAACAGAGUCAGCAAACGACGAGGAGGGCGGAGAUCGACUUGAGGUAGCCGCGGAAUCCGACGUGAUGGCGAUGGCGGUGACGGAAGAGCUCGUUCCGGAGGCUGCCAAGGAGGUACAUGUACCGUCGACUGGGCAGCUGGACGUCAACGAAGCUGCUGCUGCUCAGCCGGCCGUGCUUACGUGCGAGGGACCGCCGGCGAGCCCGGGAGCUGUGGCCGGCCCGGACGUAGCAUUUCGGAGCAACGGAUCGAUCUCGUCAGUGGAGCAUGCUCAGCAGGAUUUGUCUCCUCCUCCGGUGGUACAAGAGGUGCGCGCUAUUCGUCGGGCCGCGAGGCGUAGGUCGGUUGCUUUUCCGUCGGCGCCUUGCUUUGAAACGACGCUGAGUAGCGUCAACGUGGUCAGCGCUGGCGCCCGUGGUGACAACCAGGGCAUUCAACCCGCCGAGGAGACACGCCUUCCUCGUCGCCCGAGACGGCAGCGACCGGUUGCACCGGAAAAGCCUCGAUCGGUAGAAGCACCAGCACCGGCACCGGCACCAGUUCCAGCUCCAGCUCCCCCCGUCCUGGAUCUCCAUAUCGCCGGUGCUCUUGAGGGGGCCGUGGCUGGCGUGGUGGUGAGAACGGCACCGCCUGCGGAGCAAGAUUGUGAUGCUCAGGCUGAAGAAUUGCGGGCGUCGGUCAUGGGGCUUGACGCCCCAGGCGCCGUCGAAGUGGCCAUCGUCGACGAGGUGAUGACGUUAACGGUGGCAACGGAGCCAGCAGACGACGCACAGGGUGGGUAUCCACUUGAGGUGCCCGUGGAAUCCGACGCGGCAGAGACGGCGGUGCCGGAAGAACUCGUUCCGGAGGUUGCCAAGGAGGUACAUGCACCGUCGACUGGGCAGCUGGACGUCGACGAAACUACUGCUCAGCGGGCCGUGCUUGGGUGCGAAGGACCGCCGGCGAGCCCGGGAGCUGUGGCCGGCCCGGACGUAGCAUCGCGGAGCAACGGAUCGAGCUCGUCAGUGGAGCAUGCUCGGCAGGACGUUUCUCCUCCUCCAGUAGUACAGGAGGUGCGCGCUAUUCGUCGGUCUGCGAGGCGUAGGUCGGUUGCUUUUCCGUCGGUGCCUUGCUUUGAAACGACACUCAGCAGCGUCAGUGCUGACGCCCGUGGUGACAACCAGGGCAUUCAACCCAUCGAGGAGGCACGCCCUCCUCGUCGCCCGAGACGGCGGCAGUCCGUUGCACCGGAAAUGCCUCCAUUGGUAGACACAUCGGCACCAGCACCGGCACCAGUUCCAGCUCCAGCUCCCCCCGUCCUGGAUCUUCAUAUCGCCGGUGCUCUUGAGGGGGCCGUGUCUGGCGUGGUGGCGAGAACGGCACCGCCUGCGGAGCAAGAUUGUGAUGCUCAGGCUGAAGAAUUGCGGGCGUCGGUCAUGGGGCUUGACGCCCCGGGUACCGUCGAAGAGGUCAUCGCCGACGAGGUGGUGACGUUAACGAUGCCAACAGAGCCAGGAGACGACGAGCAGGGCGGAGAUCGACUUGAGGUAGCCGCGGAAUCCGACGCGGCAGAGACGGCGGUGCCGGAAGAACUCGUUCCGGAGGUUGCCAAGGAGGUACAUGCACCGUCGACUGGGCAGCUGGACGUCGACGAAACUACUGCUCAGCGGGCCGUGCUUGGGUGCGAAGGACCGCCGGCGAGCCCGGGAGCUGUGGCCGGCCCGGACGUAGCAUCGCGGCGCAACGGAUCGAGCUCGUCAGUGGAGCAUGCUCGGCAGGACGUUUCUCCUCCUCCAGUAGUACAGGAGGUGCGCGCUAUUCGUCGGUCUGCAAGGCGUAGGUCGGUUGCUUUUCCGUCGGUGCCUUACGUUGAAACGACAUUCAGCAGCGUCAGCGCUGACGCCCGUGUUGACAACCAGGGCAUCCAACCCAUCGAGGAGGCACGCCCUCCUCGUCGCCCGAGACGGCGGCGGUCCGUUGCACCGGAAAUGCCUCCAUUGGUAGACACAUCGGCACCAGCACCGGCACCAGUUCCAGCUCCAGCUCCCCCCGUCCUGGAUCUUCAUAUCGCCGGUGCUCUUGAGGGGGCCGUGUCUGGCGUGGUGGCGAGAACGGCACCGCCUGCGGAGCAAGAUUGUGAUGCUCAGGCUGAAGAAUUGCGGGCGUCGGUCAUGGGGCUUGACGCCCCGGGUACCGUCGAAGAGGUCAUCGCCGACGAGGUGGUGACGUUAACGAUGCCAACAGAGCCAGGAGACGACGAGCAGGGCGGAGAUCGACUUGAGGUAGCCGCGGAAUCCGACGCGGCAGAGACGGCGGUGCCGGAAGAACUCGUUCCGGAGGUUGCCAAGGAGGUACAUGCACCGUCGACUGGGCAGCUGGACGUCGACGAAACUACUGCUCAGCGGGCCGUGCUUGGGUGCGAAGGACCGCCGGCGAGCCCGGGAGCUGUGGCCGGCCCGGACGUAGCAUCGCGGAGCAACGGAUCGAGCUCGUCAGUGGAGCAUGCUCGGCAGGACGUUUCUCCUCCUCCAGUAGUACAAGAGGUGCGCGCUAUUCGUCGGUCUGCGAGGCGUAGGUCGGUUGCUUUUCCGUCGGCGCCUUGCUUUGAAACGACAUUCAGCAGCGUCAGUGCUGACGCCCGUGGUGACAACCAGGGCAUCCAACCCAUCGAGGAGGCACGCCCUCCUCGUCGCCCGAGACGGCGGCGGUCCGUUGCACCGGAAAUGCCUCCGUUGGUAGGAGCACCCGCACCGGUUUCAUCUCCAGCCCCCCCUGCAGACGCCACGUCGUCGGAGUACUCGUCGUCACCCAUAGGCUCCGGGCUCUGUGACGUGCAGUUCGCGUUUGCGGUGCACGAAGGUCGUCCUCCUCCUCGCUCCGGAAGGCGACGAUCGAUCGCGCCGAAGAAGAUCCUCUCAGCAGCAGCUGCAGCUGCAACGUCGACGGCGGCCACAACGCCGACAGCGGCGGCGACUGCGGUGGCGGUGCCACCGUUUAGAGAGGCGACAUCGUCGGCGGCGACAAAGGAGAAGAACCUUUCUUCAACCGAUGCGAGGCCCAGCGACGACGACCAGAGCAGUGCGCCUUCCCAGGAGGGAAUGUCGCAGCCUCGCCGCCCGCAACAGCGCCGCCAGCCUCUCGCAGCGACGCCGAUGGAGCAGCAGCAAAUCGCGGCAUCAGCGACGGCAUCCUCCGAGGAACAGGGGACGGCCAGCGCAAGAGGAGAAGCUUCUGCUGCCGCGGCCGCUGCCGCUGCUGAUGCCGUCGCUGAUGCCGCUGCGGCCGCCGCCGCCGCCGCCGCUGCCGCUGCUGCUUCUGCUGUGCAGCAGGACAAGAGCCUUCCGGAACAGCAGGUGGCCUUGCCGAGGCGUCGCUCGACUAGGCGUAAGUCGAUACGGGGCUCGCGAGCGGGAGGGUCGCUGCUGGAAGAUAACACAGCGGCUCCACAAGUGGAAGCAUCCGUCUUCUUGCAAGAGGGGCCGGGUGGCGGUGGCAGCGGCGGUGCCGGUGGUAGUGGGCGGGCCUUGGUCGUGGGGGCGGAGCGGGGAGGGACGCAGGCCACGACCGACGUUGCCGUGGAGCAGGGGGGAACGGUCAUGGCUGACUUGUUGAACAAGCAAGGCUCGUGUCGUGACCGCUGUUCCUCCACCCACUCGCUCGCUCGCUUGCUUGCCCACUCCCACGACAACGAAAACAACAAGUGCCUUGAGACGGCGCGAGCGGAUGUGCCGCAAGGCGACGACGUCCUGCAGCUCCUGCGUGACCUGUCGGACGCGUGGAUCGACGCGGAAGCGUGCGCCCUCAAGAACGCCGACGCCGCCGCCGCCACCGCCGACGAGAUGCACCGGAGGGGCGCCGUGGUGGGGGCAGGCAAUGCCGGGCCGCCUAGAGUCGUGCGCCUGUGCGCGUUCAACUUUUCCACGGUCGGCAUGCCAUUGGACACCGCCGCCGGAUCGGAGCUGCAUGCGCUGGAAGUAGUGCGGUGCCUCAAAGGCGUCGUCACCGCCCUGCACAAAAUACAAAACUUCCACAAGCGUUGUAACUUUAUCCUCAAGACCGCCGGCGGCAGCGGCGACGAGAGCAACGGCAACGGCAACAGCAACAGACUCGUGGCGUGGAAGGCGUUUCUGCGCGAAGUACGUGCUGCUGCUGCUGCUGCGAAUGCUAUUGCUUCAGGAGAAGGAGGAGGAAGAGGAGCAAUAGCAGCGCCCGGCGGAGGAGGAAGGGACCGUCAAGGACGGCGGCCGCCGGCGGGCAUGAAGGAGAAGGAGAUGGCCAAGGCGGGCCUUGUCCUGCUGGGAGAACUGGAGCCCCUAGAGAGAAUCCCCGAGGUGCGGCGAAGGGGUCAGGAAGAGUCGGGGGGGUCGCCAGCGGGGACGGGGGGGCAGAUGCAUGUACUGUCGUUUGUUGCUCUCGAGACGUGGAAUCUCGUCUCGGUAUGUCGAAACUUCACCCCCUACACCAUACGUACUUGUGUUGCUCCCCUCAAGGGUCUUGUCAAGAGUCCGCUGAGGGAUCGGCUGGCGAGCAUGCUGUCCUCCCUGAUCCGGUUCCACCUCAGGAUUCGCCUCGACGCUCCGCCGGAGAGGCUAACCAGGGCCCCCGAGGCCCUCCCAUCCUGCGGGGACCCGUCUUACGCUGAGGCAAAGAGGAGGGCCGAGGUUCUGCCCCCCAGUCACUUCAGCAAGGGUCGUGAAGGUUCGACGGAGGCCAGUCAGGGGGAAAUAAAGCAAGGCUUCUGCAUGCUGCUGUUUAUUGGUGAUGUGUUCUUUUGUGGGGUUAUGGCAAGGGUCUAA